GUUGGGUGGAGGAAAUUAAUAUGGUGUAGAGGAAAUUACUCCUCUGCUCCUUCCUUGUACAAUGGCAACGAAAAGGGAUGCCACAUAAGCUUCUUCCACUCAUAUCAUGGCAUGCCAAGGCCAAAAUGCCUUGCUUGGUGACUGAGGCGCAGUCCAUUGAGUCCAGCACUUCCGACUUUCCUAGUUUCGACUUCCGAAUCCCAGAGACGCAGGCCACCAUCGCGGAGAAGCAGGCCACCAUCGGAAGUUCUUUGAGUCCAACUCGGAAGUUCAUUAAUCACACUGAAGCAGGCCACCAUCGUAGUUCUUUAAUUUUUGUCCAAGAUUGAAGCAUCUAACCAAGAAGGCUGUGUUGGUGGCUGUGAUGAUACUAUCAGGCAGCUAAUGGAAAUUUGUGGAACUGGUUCCAGGAAUAAUUCCAGCAUACUCCCAGGCAGCUAGUGCAGUUUUACAUUUACUGCAAAUUGCAACAUUUCUCCUAGUUUUUUUGCUUGUAAUUGUAGUUUAUUUAUUAUUUUACUUGUAGGUUUGCAAACUUUACUCUCUACCAAUUGUCUAAACCGAAUGAAUUGAAAAAAAACCG